AUGUCCGACUACUUCGCUAAACUUAGAGCCUAUGAUCAGCUCCUUAGUAAUUGGUAUACAAAUACCUCUCCAAACAUGUCUCCAAAGGAAUACAGUUACUAUAAAGACCUUUUACAUAAAGUUUAUGCGGGAG